GGAGCAGGCGCUGCAGCAAGAGGGAAGAUGGCGGACGAAGAGAAGCUGCCGCUCGGCUGGGAGAAGCGCAUGAGCCGCAGCUCAGGCCGGGUGUACUACUUCAAUCACAUCACUAAUGCCAGCCAGUGGGAGCGGCCAAGUGGCAACAGCAGUGGCAGCGGCAAAAAUGGACAGGGGGAACCCACCAGGGUCCGCUGCUCACACCUGCUGGUCAAGCACAGCCAGUCACGGCGGCCUUCAUCUUGGAGGCAAGAGAAGAUCACUCGGACCAAGGAGGAGGCCCUGGAGCUGAUCAACAGCUACAUCCAGAAGAUCAAGUCGGGAGAAGAGGACUUUGAAUCUCUGGCUUCACAGUUCAGUGACUGCAGCUCAGCCAAGGCCAGGGGAGACCUGGGUGCCUUCAGCAGAGGUCAGAUGCAAAAGCCAUUUGAAGAUGCCUCCUUUGCACUCCGGACGGGGGAGAUGAGCGGGCCCGUGUUCACGGAUUCUGGCAUCCACAUCAUCCUGCGCACGGAGUGAGGGAGCAGGUGGCCCAGGCCUGGCCUGUGGGAUGGGCCGGGGGCGGGGUGGCUGGGCCCGCAGACCCUGCUUACUGCCGCCAGCCGAGCAUGGGCGCCCCUCCCUGCUGAUGUCACACAGUAUUUAUUGUUCCCAAAAUGGCUAGGAGAGGGGCUCUGCACCAUUCAGAGCUCCCUGUCUGCCCCAGGUUGGGGCUAUCCCUGCCAGAUUCCCUCCUCUUCAGGAACUGACUUCUGAAGGGCAGCAGUAUGGGUGGGCUCCCAGAGCUCUCAGACCAAGGGGGUGAGGGUUGCCUGUCCCAAAGGGAAGGCCCUGUCAGCUGAGCUGUCCCUUGACCCCCAGGUCCCAGAUCGGGGUAGGAGGGCCUCACUUUGUUUCUGGCUAUGCCAUGUUCCUCUAUUAAAUUGCAAAAAGCAAAUGCUCUGCCCGGGGCUUGGGCUGCCACUGCCUGGGGCCCGCCAAGCAGCAGUGCAGCACCCUCCACACCCUCCAUUAAACCUGGAACCGCU